CCAGACCCCCAGGUCCGGGCCAAUGGAGGCAAUUUAGACUGGAGCCGGACCGCGUCUGUCAAAAGCCCGACUCGGCAGCAGCGGCAGAGUCCAGGAGAGCUGGAGCCGCAGCGCUGCUUCCCCGCCCCCGCCGGGAUUUAUUGAGUAUUUGGACUGGACAAUUAAGUGGCCCUGAUGAUGUUACCAAGCCCGGUCACCUCCACCCCUUUCUCAGUCAAAGACAUUUUGAAUCUGGAGCAGCAGCAGCAACAGCACUUCCACGGCGCGCACUUACAGGCGGACUUGGAGCACCACUUUCACUCGGCGCCGUGCAUGCUGGCCGCCACCGAGGGGACGCAGUUUUCUGACGGAGGAGAGGAGGACGAGGAAGAAGAGGGCGAGAAACUGUCCUAUUUGAACUCACUAGCCACAGCCGACGGCCACGGGGCUUCGGGGCUCUGUCCCCAGAGCUAUGUCCACACAGUCCUGCGAGACUCGUGUAGCGGGCCUAAGGAACAUGAAGAGGAGCCCGAGGUCGUGAGGGACCGGAGCCAAAAAAGCUGCCAGCUGAAGAAGCCUCUGGAGACGGCCGGAGACUGUAAGGCGGUGGAGGAGAGCGAGAGGCCCAAGCCACGCAGCCGCCGGAAGCCCCGGGUCCUCUUCUCGCAAGCCCAGGUCUUCGAGCUGGAACGCAGGUUCAAGCAGCAGCGGUACCUGUCGGCGCCCGAGCGCGAGCACCUCGCCAGCAGCCUGAAGCUCACGUCCACGCAGGUGAAGAUCUGGUUCCAGAAUCGCAGGUACAAGUGCAAGAGGCAGCGGCAGGACAAGUCUCUGGAGCUGGGCGCGCACGCGCCCCCGCCGCCGCCGCGCCGCGUGGCGGUGCCGGUGCUGGUGCGGGACGGCAAGCCGUGCGUGACGCCGGGCGCGCAAGCCUACGGCUCGCCCUACAGCGUGGGCGCGGGCGCCUACUCCUACAACAGCGUCCCCGCCUACGGCUAUGGGAACUCGGCCGCCGCCGCCGCCGCUGCCGCCGCCGCCGCCGCCGCCGCCGCGGCCUACAGCGGCAGCUACGGCUGUGCGUACCCGGCGGGCGGGGGCGGUGGGGGCGGCGGGGGCGGCGGGGCUACCGCGGCGGCCGCGGCCAUGCAGCCCGCCUGCAGCGCGGCCGGAGGCGGCCCCUUUGUGAACGUGAGCAACCUGGGCGGCUUCGCCGGCGGUGGCGGCGCGCAGCCGUUGCACCAGGGUGCCACGGCCGGGGCAGCGUGCGCGCAGGGCACCUUGCAGGGCAUUCGGGCCUGGUAGGGACGCGGCGGCUCACGCGGCGGGCGCCCCACUGCAGCCUGGCACCGCGGGACUGAAGCGCGAGAAAGGCUGGAUCCAAGGGCCAGGUCCUCUCGUUAAAAAGCAAAAACAAAAAACAAAAAACACAUGUCUCGCUCCCCAGGGCCCCGGAACACAGCUCCCGCGAAGCCUAGAAGGGGGCUGAGGGGCGAGGAGGAUCCCCGGGACCGGACGCGGAGACUGUCUCUGAGGCAGAAACUCCGGCUUGGUGCCGGGGAGGACAAUGGCCCCGACUCUGGCCCCGAAGAGAGUGCGAGAAGCUGGGACUCUGCCGCUUGGUUCUCCCAGAGCAAGAAGGCCCUCUUUUCCCUCCGCCUUCCCGCGCCCUCCUCGAAAUGUCGACAGAAAACCCAAGGACAAAAA